CAUCUCUGACGAGUUCAUAAGGGAAUUCGGCCACAGCGGACAAAGUUAAGGGAACGGCUGUGUUAUUGUAAAUAAAUGAAGUAUUUUAAAAUGGCCAGCAGUAUAAUACGCCUGUCAUUCCUCAGCAACAUAAAUCGAAAGGUAUCUGGAAGUAGAUGCUACUGUGUUGGUAGCAAACCAGCUUCUCCCAAGCAACCAAGUGGAACUGGAAGUAAAGUACCACCAAGUAUAACAUCAGUAGACGUUCCUGGUUUAAGUGCAGCAGUUUACCAAGUACCUUCAGGAGGAGUAGGACCUGGGGCAUCCAAAGACGGCGAAUAUAAAAAUCCUGAAUAUUACUCAUACCACAAUACCUCAUAUUUUGAAGCUGAAAUUGAAAUGUUGAAAUACCGUAUACCUCAACCGUCAAGCCUUUCAAAAUAAAUGUGACACAAUAAUUUAGCAAAUACAAAGACAACUGAGAUGAAAGAGAAUUGCUAGUGUCAGUUAAGUGAUUUAUGGUUUAAUAGCUGCAUGCAUUCUCUCCAGUUAUUUCUAAAACAAAAACUAGGUGAAUACAAAAUGUCUUAAGCUGUGGAGUUGCUCAUUGCUGAAGAUGAAUGAACUUCAUCUUAGAUAAAACAAUGAGACUACAAUUAUUACAUAGUUUUACCUGAUAUGUUGUAUAUAAAAAUAAUGGAGCUUAAUUGUAAUAAAGUUCUGAGCUACCA